CCGCCCUUUAAAGCCUCCACGCCAUCUUCGCUUUCUCUAUCUUUAUUUCCUCCCAGCCUCCUACCUGCCCAAGCACCUCCCGGCCUCCGUUGCCUGCCCCAUAGCCCGCCUCCUUCUCCAAUAUGGUGUCCCUCGCCACGCCCAAGCCGCGUACUGCGGCCGCGAAGUUCUCCGCUCGCACAACACAACCGAGGACCCCAUCGCAGCCCAGUGAUCUUGCCGACGACCCCUUCUAUGUCGUUCCGGACGCUCGAUCCCUCAAGAGCCCUCCGCAGCUCUUGUCCCCAUUCCGGUUGCCGGAGGAUGCAGGACGCCCUAAGUUAUCCAAGCCUGCUCCUUGUAGCCCUACCAAGAGGCGACGAGGCCUCUCAUCUAACUUAACCCGCUCGGCGCGUCGCCGCCACACUCGCGCAGAGUGCUGUAUCAAUACCUUCCCAAGACCUCUCUCAUCUCUCGACGACCUCCCCUGGAUAUCUGCCCUGACGAUCGAGCCCGAUUACACCGAUCCUUGGGACAUCGCCGACCUCUCGCUCCUCAACGCGGACUGGCAGGAGAGGGGGCCUGGACCAAUGCGCCGUCGUAAGACCUCCCUCCGCUCAGACCCCCUCUCGCCAUCCACUCCCACGCGCAAGGAGCGUUCUUCGCCGAUUCCCUUCCCAUUCGUGUCAAUGGACGAGUUUCCUGAGACGCCGGCUCCCAGACCGUACGCCGACCAUUCGGAGGUCAUUUUCCACGGUCUUCGCCCGAUCUUCCCGUCGGACCUCGACUAUCCUCCGAGGCGGGUGGACAUAACACCGUCGCCUUGAGCGCCCCCCUCCCGCCCCCGGUCCCCGCCACGCCGCCCCUAGCCGUCUUUGGAAUCUCUCGCCCGCAUUAACCUCGCAUUCAAACAUCACCGCAUCGCAAUCAUCUAUCCCAUCUUCCAUGUUCUGCUGCAUACCUUUUUAUUGGCCCCAAGAGCCUCAUGAACCGAUCUUCCCAUCUGUGUACGGCUACGACGCCACGAACCCUCCAUCUGUCGCAUCAUCGACCAAUCUUCCCAUCCCCAUCUCCAUCUGCAAGAUCUCGAGCCCCUCAGCGGCUGAUGUCACUUUGCUAUCGUACUGAUGGACAACUGCCAUAUACGUUUAAUCUGCUUACUCGCCACCGUUGUGGCGUCGUAUAUAUCGCUGUCGCUGAAUUGACGUUCAGCCGAGCUUUCAUCUACUUUGGCUUCCUUCCUGUUUUCUCUCCACAGACAUAACCCCCUGCCUUCCUAUAUGCGCAACACACUUGCAGAUCACUCCCCCAUCCUCUCCUCCCUCAGUCUUCCCUCCUCUUUCGCUUUCAUCCUCGACCUCUACGCUCUCGAACUUUCCGCUUCUCCGUUUCUGUCGAUAUCGCUAUUUGCUGUGGCUGAUGCUUACGAGUUUCACGUAUAAUGUGCUACUUCACGAUGUACGCAUGUAUUUCAAUGUUCCGAACGAA